ACUAUAAUUGAAUUCAUUGAUGCUGAUUUCUUUGAGACACGAUUUCCAUUUAAAACGAGAAAUAGUGGGGGUAAUGUACUACCCGCUAUUAGAGAUAACGGAACUAGUGGGGGUGUUGGUUCUGAGGAUGAACUCAGAAGAAGUAAAAGAGCUAGAAUCUCUAAAGAUUUUGGUGAUGACUUUACUACAGUAUUCACCCUCGAAGAUCCAAAAAAUUUGCAGGAAGCAUUAACUUCCGUAGAUGCAGAUUUUUGGAAUGAGGCCGUUAUAGACGAAAUGGAAUCGUUAGAAGCUAAUAAGACUUGGCAUCUAACAGAAUUACCUCCUGGCUGCAAAGUCUUAGGUAAUAAAUGGGUUCUAAAAACGAAACGGAAACCUGAUGGUGCAAUCGAAAGGUUCCGAGCUCGCCUAGUAGUUAAGGGCUACAGGCAGAGAGAGAAUAUAGAUUUCUUCGAUACCUAUUCACCAGUAUCUAGAAUAACAUCCAUUCAUGUAAUGAUUGCUCUUGCUGCCUUGAACAAUCUCGUGGUACACCAAAUGGAUGUUAAGACCGCUUUUUUGAACGGUGAUCUGGAUGAAGAAAUCUAUAUGGAACAACCAGAAGGGUUUGUUAUCCCCGAACAUGCCUCAAAAGUCUGUAAGUUAGACAAAUCAUUAUAUGGUUUGAAACAGGCUCCAAAACAGUGGCAUGAGAAGUUUGACACUCUCGUUCUCUCACAUGGCUUUAAGGUGAAUGAAAGUGACAAGUGUAUUUACUGCAAGUCAGAAAAUAACACUUGCACUAUCAUAUGUUUGUAUGUAGAUGACAUGUUGAUAUUUGGUACAAAUAUUCACGUGGUCAAUGAAGCAAAAGCCAUGUUGAAAGAGAGAUUUGAGGUGAAAGGUCUGGGAGAAGCAAAGUUUAUGCUUGGAAUCCAGAUAACUAGAACAACAAAUGGUUAUUCUCCAGAUCAAUCUAGCUACAUAGAGAAGAUCUUGAAGAAAUAUAACUAUUUCGACUGUAAACCUGCGUGUACUCCGUAUGAUGCUAGUGUAAAGCUAUUUAAGAACACUGGAGACAGUGUAAGACAAUCAGAAUACGCUAGCAUCAUUGGCAGUCUCCGUUAUGCUGCAGAUUACACUCGACCAGACAUUGCAUAUGUCGUGGGAUUGCUUGGCAGGUUUAACAGCUGUCCUAGUAGAGAGCAUUGGAAUGCUAUAGAGAGGGUCAUGAGAUACCUCAAGAGAACAGCAAACCUUGGUAUACACUAUCAAAGGUUUCCUGCUGUACUAGAAGGGUAUAGUGAUGCGGAUUGGAAUACCCUAUCAGAUGACUCCAAGGCAACCAGCGGGUAUGUUUUUAACAUCGCUGGUGGAGCUGUGUCUUGGAAGUCAAAGAAACAAACAAUCCUAGCUCAAUCAACUAUGGAAUCAGAGAUGAUAGCACUAGCAACGGCUAGUGAAGAAGCAAGUUGGUUGAGAGGAUUGUUGUCAGAGAUUCCCCUAUGGGAAAGACCGGUCCCUCCGGUAUUGAUCCAUUGUGAUAGUACCGCAGCUAUCGCUAAAGUUGAGAACCGGUUCUAUAACGGAAAGAAACGACAGAUUCGUCGUAAGCACAGUACUGUAAGAGAACUCCUAACGAUAGGAGCAGUGAGGGUGGAUCAUAUAAGAUCCGAACAGAAUCUAGCUGAUCCUUUGACGAAAGGAUUACCUAGAGAGAAAGUCCAAAAUACCGCCAAGAGUAUGGGACUUAUGCCUACCAAACCACGGACUACAAGUGAUGGUAACCCGACCCAAUAGACUGGAGAUCCCAAGAAAUGGGUUCAAUGGGUAAUAACAAGUCAUGAGUAGUAUGCGAAAAGUUCAUGCAUAGUGAAGCAUGAAUCCCAAAGCAAUGGAGGUUGAGUUAAUAACUCUUAAUGAGAUCUAUACCCUAUGUGGGGUGGAGUACUUUACUUUGGGGGUACUCUUGAUAGACUCACCUAUGUGAAUGUGGGAGUGGGGCCGCUCCCUAUGGAACUUUGGAGACACAAAGUUGCUAGAGCGUUCACUAAACCAGGAUAACGUGCAUGGCCAUAAACGCACGGGCUAAGAAGAGAACACAACUCAAUGAAAAGAUCCGGUGUGCUACACUGUCUGAGAUAGGGUUCAAGACUACGAGUCACCCUUAUGAAAUCGGAAGUGUAACCAGUACGCUAAGGUUCAAAUCUUCGCGAUACCUUAGCUUAUGCCCGAUCUUAUGGAACUGUUAAUGCUCAGAGAUAGUUUCAAAACUAUUCAAGUGGGGGAUUGUUGGAAAUGUAUAUGAAUAGCUUUGAAAGCUAUAGAGUCUCAAGUGGAAAAACUACCACAUUGGUAGUUUUACUUGGUGAAAUGGGUAUAAAGAUAGGAGCCUCUCUCCCAAGGGCAUGCCCCUUGGGGUGACCCACUUUUGUGGGAGAGGGAGGACCUAACGGACCACCACACACACGGGCGCGCGCCGUCUGUCCGUCCGACCGACCGACCGGUCGGUUGGUUGGUUCACUUGAGACUACAUAUAUAUUUUUUACAGAAAUUCCGAACGAAAUUAAUUAUCUAAUAAUUAAUUAUUAAUCGGUUAUUCUGAGGAAUAUUCUAAGGGAUAAUCGACUGAAAAGGAAUAUUCGAAGGAUAAUUCCUCCGGGUUUAUCUUAACCGACGGUUUUAAUUAAGGAAGUAAUUAUCUUCCUUAAUUAAUCCGACUUAUUCUCCAAGCAAGAGGGUAUAUUCCUAGGGGUUCGGCUCCUAUAAAUAGCCGCCUCCCCAGCCUCUCUAAACACAUCACAAAGAGCAGAAACACAAUAGAGAGAGUGUUUAGAGAGCUUCGGUUUUCGCACAAAACCGCGAGUAUUGAGAGGAGCUGUUUUAUCUUGGAGACGACCGGUUGAUAGUCUGCCGUGCGCAUCGAAGACAGUGUCGCGAACGUCUUAAAGAGAGCGACCUAGUCCGCGACUCAGCUCCAGAUUCGGUAACCUAGUUCCUUUUGUUGUUCCGUUCGUAACAUAUCCCCGAUACCAAACUUCCGGCCCUAAUAGCAUCAACACAAAAUUGAAUAAAUACUUUAUUUAUGAGUCAGACACCGUACAAUACUGGAAUCUAACUUCUAGACUUGCAUCGAUUGAUGCUUACUAUUAUCUCCUGGAAUGAGAAAUGUGAACAUAAUCAUCCUAUGGGAUAACACAUAUACACUCAAAAUGAGUCAUGACAACCCAAGUUUGGCUAGUUGAGUGCACCAUUGAAAUUGAAAACAGAUCGCAAACCCAUUUGGCUAGCUAUUUCAUUCAUGCAUUGAGCUCUUGCCACAUUGGCCAACUUUUGUCAGUUAUCAGUCAACUUCUUCAAGUCACUUUUCUCAUUGGGCAAACAGUGAGCAAAAGACAAUUAAGACUAAACAAAGGCAUCAAGCUGGUUAUUAGGCAAAAAGGGAACCACACAAAACCCUAAUCUAAGUAUGGAAGGGAUAAGAAAGUGACAACUCCAAGUAACGUACAAUUAAUGUCACUUUUAACUAUUGUCACCCAACAAGCAUUAUUAUGUAUGCAAAUAGAGAAAAGGUUUCCAUUGGAGUCCAAAUGCAAUCAAAUCACGUAUCGGGCAAAAGAGGGGGAAUCGGGUGGGCUUCACAUCCCUUUUGCUCUCAAAGAUGUAUAAAGUGCAAUGGAUGAA